GGGGGUGUUAUCAUGGUUAAAUUCCUUCCACCGUCGUCCGGUAGAUGAUACAUUCAAAACGAGCGAGCAGCUGUGACGUAGAGCCUUCGCUUUAAAAUCACUUUGGCACCAGGAAGUAAAAACACAGAAUGGAGAAUAGUUGUACUUUUGAUACGUGUUCGGUUAUUAUUUACGCAUAACAAUGUAGUAGCUUGUUAGAAACUGAAGCAAUUAAACGGGCGAUAAAUUAAGUUUUAUCUAACGAAGUUUUUUAUAAACUAGUGCUAGCUAAUAUUGUUUACCAUUGUAACGGUUGCACAAUUAGUAUAGCAGCUUUCUUGUUUAAAACUUCGCACAGCGUUUCAUGGCAGAUAGCUUUGUUCGACUGUAACGAACGUAAAUAGUCAUGCCUCGAGUUACGAUACUGACACGCGGAGAGAUACCUCAACACAUUACUGAAGUAAGCUGUCAACACUUAGUGGUCAUUUGUCUGGUGAUAUAAUGGAGAGCAACAGUGAAGAUGACACUGCUCGUGAUGACGAGGGGGCAGAGAAGGAAUCCGGUUGGGAUAUAAAACCCAGGAGGACAGAGGAUGGCGAGGUUCCGGUUACACCUGCAUUUAACCCAAAGAUGGAUUGUGCCCGCGCAGGAACACCUGAGUACCAGGAUGAGGACAAAUCCGAGAGAGAGAAUGUACCGAAGAUGUCACAUGGUGUAGGGACUGAAGGUCAAGCAGAAGUUCUUGAGCCCAAAAGGGAUGCCCCCUCUGUUUCCCCGUUGAGCUGUGCUGACACAUGCAAUCCUUCCAUAUCAAGCCUCUCAUCCUCUUGCUCCUCCAGUGCACAUCAUAUUAAUUUCUCCUCCUCCUCUUCCUCAUCAUCCUUAUGCUCCUCUGUCGUGUCUCUGACUCCCCCUUUGCCUCCCUCUGUGGAACUGUCAGCUGUGUUGACCAGUACAAGACUGACCCUGGACGUGUACCAGGGAGGAGCAGCUGCUUUGCCCUUGUUAUGGGGGUCCAUCCCAGGGCAGCUGAGGGGGCUCCAGUAUCUGAGACUGGGCUCAGAGGACAAACCAGGGCUGGAUGAAGCGCUGGAUGUUCUACCCCAUCUGACGCAACUGCGUUCUCUGGCUAUUCGGGGUAACUGUCUUUGUGACUCCCGUGGUGAACCACUACCUGGCCUCCUCACCACUUUGCCCACAUCUUUGUCCUCCCUGUCUCAUUUGGUGCACUUGGAUCUCUCCUUCAACCAGCUGUCCCGUCUCCCACCCUGCCUGUUUAGCCUACCUGUGCUGUCCUUGUUACUGCUCAGUCACAACCAAAUCUCAACAUUGCCUCCUGAGAUAGCCCAGCUGUCCUCUCUGACCUACCUCUCUCUUCUGGGGAACAAGUUGCUGUCUCUUCCACCAAGCCUGGGUCAGCUGAAAGCACUGCAGACGCUUGAUGUGUCACACAACCUCCUCCAGGAGCUACCUGAUGAAAUAGGGUCUCUGGGGGAGCUUGUUAAGCUGGAACUAUCUCACAACAAACUGAAACAGCUGCCAGAGAGCAUGGGCUCUCUUAUUUCUCUCAGGGAACUUGUUAUCUACAGCAACGACCUCCGCCUGAUCCCAUGUUGUCUGAAUCAACUGCCCCUGCUUAAAAUAGACACCCGUGACAAUCCUUUGGGAAAACCUCCAACACCGCCUCCUCCCCCUCCUACACCUGAUACGUUAGGGACAAAGAUUCCCGAGCUGCACAUUGCAUUUAAUCAGCACAGUUUCUCUGUUUCUUCGGGUGGGUGUCAUGUAUUUCUGCCUGGUGGGGCUGAGCUUGUGUUCCCUCCGGGGUGCCUGGCCAAAACCACCAGGCUCAGAUGGGCCGAGAGAAGGCCUGACAGAAAGUUUGUGUUCCUCGAGGAACACGACAUCCUACUGAGUCGCCCACUGGAGUUAUGUCCUCAUGGAAUUCAAUUUCAAAAGCCUGUGGAUGUCUGUGUGCCAUAUCAUCGGAGAAGAAAAGGGGAGGUGGUGGUGCGGAGCUUUGAUGGAGAGUUUUGGAGCACUCUGCCCACAGAUCUGAGGAGAGGAAGCGACAGCCAUAGCAGCCGUCCAGGUGGACGUCCAGCCAGGGUGGUGCAGGUGUCUGAGUCUGAGCUGCAGUCAGUUUGUGGUGAUCCCCAGGCCAAAGCCAGCCCCCUCCUUUGUCUCUCCCAGACUCCCAGCUUGCAUUUCCUGCAGCCAGUUAAAGUUCAGAUCCCUCUGCCGCCUGGAGUCACAGGCCAUACAGCUGAUUUAUCACGUCUCCAUCUGCUCCACGGAGAUCCCGCGGCCCAAACCUGGACUGACAUCACAUCCCAAGUGUCUCUGAAUGUCACCCAGUUGUAUGUCAUUUUCUACAUCACGCACUUCUCCUGGUACUGGCUGUGGUACACCACGCAGCGCUGUGUCAGUGGUGUGGUCAGGAAGGUCUAUCAAAGACUAAAACAAUUCAAAGUGCAGUUCCUCGUUCUCCAGCGCAAAGCGGAUCCCUCACAAGUUUUGCUGCAGUGCUUACCUUCCAACAAGAUGGAGAGUCGGGUGCAGACAUUGUCUGAGCAGUACGAUGGACCCCAGCCUUCAGACCUGUGUGACCUGUUGGAAGGAGAGCAGUUCUAUGCUGGCUUUGAGAGAGGCCUGGAUAUCAGCACAGACAGACCGGACUGUGUGGGGGGGCGACUCUGUUUUGUGUUUUACUCCAGCUUGAAGAAUCUGAAGGAAGUGUACAUCUGCCCUGCUCAGGAUCGGACAGGACCAGUGAGGGGACAGGUGUCUUUCUACAGAGGGGAGAUUCCCAGUAAUCUACCAGAGGAGGUGGCUCGAAAGAGGAAAGGACUUGACAGCCAAUGGCUUGCAACUUUACCUCUAAAACUUCCAGCUCUGAAUGCAGACAACAGCUUUAAUACAGAGGAGCUCCGGUAUCCUCCUCUGAACCUGGGAGACCCAGAGAGCGGCUACCUGACAGAGGCCAACCUGCUGUCCCUUUCUCUUCAGAUCGGACUGGAGUGGCGUGUUAUUGGAAUUAAUCUUGGCCUAAACUACCAGGAGUUAGACCGCAUUCAGUACAAGAACAAGGACAACCUGGGCGCCUUGGUGUUGGAUAUGCUUUUUCAAUGGGCACAAGGACAGAGGAGCGUGGGACCCGGGUCAGUGUCCAGACUAAUGGACGCUAUGACAGAGAGCGGCAGGAAAGACCUGGCAGAGGAGAUUGAAAACAUUGUUAACAUAGGAACAAGAAAGUACUCGGAGUCACUGCGGAGAGUCGGCCUGGAAGCAGAGAGCGCCCCUCCUGGUGAAGGGCAGCAGUAGAUCAGCACUUCCAGGGCGCAGAUGGCUGACUUACACUUGAGUAAGCUGUUUGUUUACAGUGGAGGCCCACCCGUCAUCUCAUAUGGCUCUCUAAAAAACUGCACUGAGGCACAAACAUUCCCCUUCAAGAAAGUUGGUGAUAGCCAGCUGCCGAGAGGCAGGUGGAAUGGAGCAGCUCAGUCUUUAUUCACUUUUAAAAGAUGCUCUCACUCUGCAAAGUCGUUCGAGAUAAACCCACCACUGAAAAGAAAAGGAAAAUGUCUCUAAGGAAUCAAAGUUGUUUAACACUGAUAAUUGUGAAUGUUGUCCAAUCUGAUUGAAGCCUUCUUCAAUAGAGGAUAGUAUUACCUGAGAACCUUUUCAAAUUUUAAAUGAUUGUGAUCUGAAACUGUGAAUCAUGAAGUCAUGACAUCACCACUCAUUAUAGAUACUGCACAAGUGUGUUAUUGUUGUUGGGACAUUUUCUUUACUGUUUGUACUUUUUGUACUGGAUUUUUCUGGCUUAAGGACUAUGAAAAGACCCAGGCAGUUUUAAACACAAAUUUGUAACCAUUUUAGAACCAGACCUUAAGACCUUGACUUCAGGGGAAGAGUAGAUGCUGACAGGGUGAUGUGAAGAGCAGGCAGUGAGGACCAUUUUGACCAAAAUGCUCAACAGUGUGGUAUUAUCUAAGAAUGCACUACAGUACAGGGCAUGAGCAUGAAGCAUCACCUGAGUCCUCUGAGCUGGCUCAGGUUCAACUGGGUGGGAUUUUUAUAAGUCCAUUUUCUAAAAUCUAUUUAAUUUUUUAAUAACAAGCACUUUUGGACUCCAGGAACUCUCACAUUGUAAAUGUAAUCAAACAGGUUUUUCCACACCCGAAUUAGAGAGAGCAGAUGGAGGCUUUUUGAUGCUCAACAGUUACAGAACCCAGUGGAAGCCGUCUGGAUCUGUCUGCUGAUUCGGGGGAAAUGGGACUGUGCCUGACCCUGGUCUGACAUCAGUGUUUUGUUCCAUUAUUUGGAUUUGUGUACAUCCAAAUCAGUCUAUGCAGUCACUGUAAUCUGUUACAUUUGUUAUCUUUUCAAGCAUAGUGACGUAAUGUAUAUCUAAUUAAGUGAAUUUUUGAAAAUGUACUUAUUCAAUGAACUGUACAUGUGAGGCAAAAACCCCUUUUGCACAUUAUAACCAUCACUCAUUUUAGUGUUAGCUGGAUGGGUUAUAGUAAUUAUUUAUGUAUUAUUUAUUUGACGCUAAUACUUGACCAUACAUGAUGCCCUCAAUGCUGAGGAGGACCUGAAUGUUUGCUCAAAAUUAAAGGUCAGUUUACACAAAACAAAAAAAAUGAAACAUUUGGAUUUCAAUGAAAAAAUAUGUGAUUCUACCUUGUUUUAUGUCCCUAUUUCAAUUUAAGCUCUUUGGUGACACCAUGCCGUUACAGCCUCUACAGAUUGCCAGUGGUAUGACUAUGUGCAUGUGUGUGCAUGAAAAGCAACCAAUUGAAGUGUAUAAAUUUACCCCUAAAAUAAAAAGGAAGAAACAUGCUUCCUACUGAA